AUGAAGAAUCAGACUACCACAGUGACUGAAUUCAUUCUGCUUGGUUUUCCCAUCAGCAGAGAGGAAGAGUUGUUAUUCUUUGUAUUCCUUUUGCCCACAUACAUGAUAACACUCCUGGGGAAUAUCUUCAUCAUCUACAUCAUUGUAUCCCACUCACACCUCUAUAUGCCCAUGUAUUUCUUCCUCUGUAAUCUCUCCAUCUUAGACAUUCUCUUCACCUCAACAAUUUCCCAAACAGUACUGGACAACUUGACCACUGGGGAUAAGACCAUCUCCUUUGCUGGGUGUAUCACCCAAUGCUAUUUCUACUUCUUCCUGGGGACAGUGGAGUUCCUUCUAUUGACAUCCAUGUCCUAUGACCGCUACGCUGCCAUCUGUAACCCACUGAGGUGUAGCACCAUCAUGAGUCCUUCUGUGUGCAUUGGGCUGGUUCUUUUCUCAUGGGUGAGUGGUUUCUUGUCUGUUCUUUAUCCCACCAUACUCACGUCCAGGCUACCCUUCUGUGGCUCCAAUACCAUUAACCACUUUUUCUGUGGCAGUGGGCCUCUAUUGGUUCUGGCCUGUACAGACACAGCAUUUACUGAGCUGAUGGAUUUCCUACUAUCUUCCUUAGUCAUCCUUUGCUCCAUAAUCCUUACUGGAUAUUCCUGUGCUUGCAUCAUUAUGACCAUCUUACGCAUCCCCUCAGCCAGUGGGGAAAAGAAAGCCUUUAACACCUGUGCUUCUCACCUGACCAUUGUUGUGAUAGCUGGUGGAAUUACAGUCUUUAUCUAUGUGACUCCCUCCCAGAAAGAAACUCUGGAAAUCCACAAAAUACCUUCAAUGUUGAGCAGUGUGGUGGCCCCUUUUCUCAACCCCUUCAUCUAUACCCUGAGCAAUGAUACUGUGAGUAUCCCCUUGCAAGGGAUCCUUAAGAAGGUGAGGGUGGGAUUCAGAGAAGUUUUAGUGAGAAGAGGGAGAGAACUGUUGAGCAUAGUGUCCAAAAAAGAUCAUUGA